AUGGGACCAACUAACUGUGAAAGAUCAAAUCAUGUUGACGUUCAUCUUUUACAACGUUCAAAUACCGAUUCCGAAGAGUUGUAUCUGAAAGAGCAAGUCAGCCGUUACUUUAAGACAGAUGGCCUUGGUGUGGUGUCGGAUACUCGAAAGGUGAUGUCCAUUGAAGAUAGAAAAGCUCUGAAGAUGAUGGAAGAAUCCGCAACUAUCGUUGAUAAUAACUACGAAGUAGGAAUGCUGUGGAGCCAAAAUAAUCCUCAACUACCCAAUAAUCGGUACGUAGCCCUUAAACGCCUUCAGCAUCUAAAGAACCGCUUGAAGAAAGAUGAAGUUGUACAUCAGAAAUAUCGUGAGAAAAUCGAAGAAUAUGUAAAGAAGGGAUACGCGAGAAAACUACGGCCAGACGGAGCAUCGAGUACUUCAGAUACUACGUGGUAUCUUCCAUAGUUUUUGACGCUGCAGCUAAAUUUGAAGAUACAUCUUUGAACGAUAAUUUGUUGCAAGGACCCAACCUGACUAACGAAAUCGUGGACGUGCUUAUACGUUUUCGCAAGGAAAAAAUAGCGGCUGUAGCAGGUAUUCAGGAAAUGUUCCAUCAGAUAAAAGUACCAGAGAAGGAUCGCGAUUCGUUGCGGUUCCUGUGGCUCCCAUCUGAUUUGGAUGACGCUCCAGAGACAAACCAUAUGAAUGUACAUAUAAUUGGGGCCAAAGAUUCUCCCUCAAUCGCUAAUUUUGCAUUGCGGAAAACGGCCAAAGAUAACUCGAGUGAUUUCAGCCAGUCAGCUGUUGAUGCGAUAGAGAAAGACUUCUAUGUUGAUGACCUGCUAAAAUCUCUACCCAAUGAACAGGAAGCGAUUGAGCUUUCCAGCGAGAUUACUGAGCUUCUUCUGAGAGGUGGUUUCCGUCUAGCGAAAUUCAUGAGUUCUAGUAAGAAAGUUCUCGCCGCUGUUCCAGCAUCAGAACGUGCAAACCCGUCAUUUAACCUUAAUAUGGAUAAGUUACCAGUGGAAAGAGCCCUGGGUAUGAUAUGGAACGUUGAAGCAGACGCGUUCGAGUUUAAAGUCAUUGCCUCAGGCAAACCCGAAACGAAACGAGGAAUUUUGUCGACUGUUGCAAGUUUAUACGAUCCACUUGGACUUGCUGCUCCCGUAACGUUGCUCGCCAAAUGCCAGUUGCAAAGAUUAUGGCAACUAAAGAUUGACUGGGAUGCACAACUUCCAGACACAGAACUGGUGGAAUGGAGACGAUGGAAAUCAGCACUACCAGCCCUCUCAAACAUGAAAAUACCGCGUUGUUAUAAAUCCAACAUUCUAACAAAAACAUCAGUCCCAACCAAAGAUCUAAAAGACGUUCAACUCCACAACUUCAGCGAUGCAAGUGAGAUUGGUUAUGGAGUUGCAUCGUAUAUCAGAAUCACCUUCAUCGAUGGAACAGUCGUCUGUGCGCUUGUCUUUGGCAAAUCCCGGGCUGGUCCUUUACGAAGAAUUACAAUUCCACGGUUGGAAUUGCAAGCGGCGGUGCUGUCGGUUCGGAUUGGUGAAAUGAUCCAGCGCGAGAUAGAGAUCAAAUUCGACCGAGUUUGCUACUGGACAGACUCUGAAAUCGUACUGAAAUAUAUCCAGAAUGAAAGUAAACGGUACACAGUUUACGUGGGAAAUCGAAUUGCAGAAAUUCGAGAGAAGUCGGAUUUAUCACAGUGGCGGUAUUGCCCUAGCAAAGAAAACCCAAGCGACGACGCCUCCCGUGGUUUAAAUCCAGCGAAGUUGACAUCCGAAAGUCGAUGGUUAAAUGGUCCUCCAUUUCUGAAAGGCGCUGAACCGACUUGGCCGAUGACCUCGUUAGGGAAACUGGCUAGUGAUGAUCCUGAACUUAUCGAAAGUACCCAGGGGAACUUGCUGUUUGACGUGGAAACGUCCAGUUUCGUUCAAAUGUUGAAGAGAUAUUCCACAUGGAACAUAUUAAAAGUUAAAAUCGUGUGGCUAACAAGAUUCAAAAGUCAUCUUAGAAAUUGUCAUUCAAAGAAUUGUAGUUGUUCGCAUGGGAAACCUACCUUGGCUGAAUUAAAAGAUGCAGAACACGAUAUUAUAAAGAUCAUUCAGCGAAAAGAAUACUUAGCAGAAUUUGAAACCCUCCGCAGUGGAAAAGACAAGGUGAAAGAAUCCAGUAGUAUUACGAAGCUAAAUCCAUUUAUUGGUAAAGAUGAUCUACUUCGAGUAGGAUGUAGAUUAAAACACGCUCCUCUGAACUAUGAUGCGAAAUUCCCUCCCAUUCUACCAAAACAUCAUUGGAUCGCAGAGCUUAUCGCAAGACACAUACACAAUAACCAUAGGCGUCAAAAGAUCGAUAAGUGGGGGGGGGGACCAUUUUCAUAUAUUCGUGUUCACAGACCUUAAAAACAAUCGAUUUCAAAAGAAAUUAAUCAUGCAGAACACGAAUAUAUGAAUAUGAUCCCCCCCCCUCCACUUAUCGAUCUUUUGACGCCUAUGACAAAACAAUGCUCAUAUCGGGCAAAGAAUUUGCAUUUGUCAAGCGCGUCCUUAGUUAGAAGAAUUAUCAACAAGUGUUCCGUCUGCAGAAGAGGACAUGCACCAAUGUUGCACCAGCAGAUGGCAAAUCUACCACAUUGUCGUGUCAUUGCUUAUGAACUCCCUUUUACCUACGUCGGUGCAGAUAUGUUUGGACCAAUACUUGUGAAGCAAGGUCGUUCAACAGUCAAAAGAUGGGGAUGCAUUUUCACGUGUAUGUGUUCCAGAGCAAUCCGUUUGGAAGUGGCCCCAUCGUUAGAAACGGACGAUUUUAUAAAUGUAUUGCGACUAUUCAUUGCCAGGAGAGGGACACCCCGCGAAAUACGUACUGAUUGUGGAACACAUUUUCGUGGUGCUGAUAGUGAAUUGCAACUUGCUAUAGCAAAGUGGAAUGAAAAUCAUCUACAGGAGAAAUUAUAUCGCAAGGAGGCAUCACCUGGAUAUUUAACCCACCUCAUGCACCACACUUUGGGGGAGUUUGGGAAAGAUUGAUUAAAGAUGUCAAGCGUGCGUUGAAAGCCAUUUUGAAGGGAUCUCUAGUUACGAAUCAUGUCUUACAAACAGUGUUCGCCGAAGUUGAGUCCAUCCUGAACUCACUUCCUCUGACGAAAUCGAGUGAAGACGCAAGUGACGCAACAGCUAUUUCACCUGCUCAUCUCCUGCUUCAAAAACCCGCAGUUGUUUUGCCCCCCGGAGAAUUCGACCAAGAAUCCGUAAUUACGAGGAAAAAAUGGAGACAAGCUCAAAUACUGGCGAAGCACUUUUGGAACAGAUGGAUAAGAGAGUAUCUAACGACGUUACACCUUCGGCAGAAAUGGUUAAGUGUGCAACGAAAUGUUCGGGUUGGCGAUUUAGUGUUGGUAGGCAACAAAAAGAUACGCAGAGGGCAGUGGCCAAUGGCGAUUAUCACGAAAGUAUUUUCGAGUAAAGACAAUAGGAUUAGAACAGUCGAACUAAAAACUAAAUACUCGGUCUUAGUUAGACCUAUUGUUGAUGUGUGUCUUUUAGAAGAAUGCAAUACAUAA